UGGCCCUGUUUCGACCGCAGAUGAGCAAAGGCAACUAGACCGGUUUAAAGCUAAGCUAACUCAGUCAAUUUACUUCUGGAAAUUUUAUAUUUCUCUGCGAGUUUUAGUCCCAGCACGACCGUGGAUCUUUUUGCGAAAAUUCCAAGCUGUCUGUGAGUGUGUUUUCUUUCGGGCUAACAAGCAGAACUGUACGUUUAUUUUCAUAUUUUGCGCGUCUGUGCUGCUAGCUAAAUCGGCAGCGGGUAGGCGCCACUUUACGUCUUCAGUGUUUUUGUUUUUGUAGCGCCGAAUUAGAUCAUCUUCCUGGGCCGCAAGCAGCGACGAAAAAUAGCGUUAAUUUCAAACUGAGUUAGCAUGGCAGAGUUUCUGGAAGAUCCGUCAGUUCUUACGAAAGAUAAGCUGAAGAACGAGCUUACAGCGAACAAUGUGCCUCUACCGAGCGGGGAGCAUAAAAAGGAGGUUUACGUGCAGCUGUAUCUGAAGAACCUGACCGUGCUGAACAACAAGAAGAGUCCGCCUGCAGACACCUUCUCUAGCGACGAAGAGCUGCCUCCUCCGGUGGUGUCCAACAGAAGUCGCUCCGGAAGAAAAGCUACGAAAAAGACUGACAAACCUCGAAGUGAGGAUGUGGAGGUGACAGAUCUGACUGAUGAAGAGUUGAAGCAACAGCUGGCAAAACAUGGUUUAGACACAGGGCCCGUUGUUGCUUCCACCCGAAGAGUGUACGAGAAGAAGCUGCAGAAGCUUUUGGACGAGCCCGCAGCUGAACCCGAAGCACCUACAGACGUCACAACUCUCCCCAAAGCAGACAGCAACCAGAAUGGCAACACAAACUCUGACCAGUACAGCGAUAGAGAAGAUGACGAGAUUACUGUUCCUGAACCAGAACCAGUUCCUGUGGUGGAGAAGCCCAUGAGGAGCAGAGGGAACGCUCCUGUCACCGUCAGGACCAGCAGCAGACGACAAACCAAAGUAGUGGAGGAGAUAAUUAUUGAGGAGACUCCUAUAAAGGCCAGCAAGAGUGUGGUUGAAGAUAUCCUUGCCAAUGAGAUCAGCACACCGACAGGCAUCAGUGCAACCUGCAGGCGCCCCAUCAGAGGAGCAGCAGGCCGGCCUUUAAAACCCAGUGAGUACUGGUUGGACGAGUCCCGUGUGCAGCACAGCGUUCGCACAGAGACGCGCGCCUACUCCGAGUUGUUCUCCCAGCCCAGCGGCUCCGUGAGCAAAGCGCCCGCGCGGCGAGGCUUUCUGUCCGUGUUGCUGAAGCUGCUGCUCCUCGUGGUGGUGGUCGGUGCUCUCUGCUACAUCCACCAGAACCUGAGCGCUGAUCAGAUCAACACCUUGAAAGGCCUCCUAGAUGCUGUGAUCAUCCCGGUCCAGAGUGCCGUGGAGACGGGAGCCACCUACCUGGGCCUCGGUGCCGGUGCUCCCAAAAGCCCCGGCAACUAAAAGACUAAGCAGUUCGACGCCAUGCCCGGAUCACCCCACCCACCCCCUGUCCAGCAACCUACGACUUCAGCAGUAAAUCUGACUCACAUCUUUUCCUCCUCAGCAUUUGGACAAGGGACACAAUUUUAAUUGGAAUGAUGAACUUUCUCUCUUGCCAGACUUCAGCUUUUCCUCCCGCCACAAGGGCGCAGUAUACUCAAACAGUAGCUUCUGAGUAACUGUUCCGCAGCAGUCAGAAGAGACUCAUUUCAAUGUUGAUUUAAAUCUGUGAAUUGUUUGUGUCUGUGUGCAUUUAACCCUUAUGUGUAGAAGGGAGGGGCCAGUUUAUCCGUGCAUGGUUGUAGUUCUUGACGGUCAUACUGUAGUUUUUAAUCGACGCUCGGUGCCAGGUGUUACUCUGAAGGUGAAGUGCCUGGACACUUGUUAGCACUUAGUUCCCUCCCAUUGUUAUCGUUUUCUUAUAUUCCUUCACACACAGAGCAGAGCUUCUACCGUUCCCACUUUUCUGCUUCAGAACUGGCUUUGUAGAGGUAGGUAGAGUAACCCACCCAUCCCCAGGGUGCUCAGGUUCUUUCAUUUCAGAUAUUUUGAUGUGAUCGGUAUUGGAAAAAGAAAUGUUAUCACGGGUUCAAAGGUUCACCGUCUACGGUCAACCACUACAAUAAAGGAAUCGUGAUUUUUACCUGACUGUGAAUUAAGUUUAAGCAUCUUGACAUCAUGUGUUGAUGAUCUCGGCAAUUUACUAAGCAGAAAAUCCAGAAUAAUGUACUCGUUUUUAAUCAAUACUUUGAAUUUGGCUAAAACUUGUCAAGGACUCUGAAGUUAAUCCCGACCAGUAAGCCGCUCUGUUUCUAUGCGCUGAGCUGUAGUGCUUUGUUGUGUUUGAUUCACUUUAGUAAAAGAUUUCUGAUCCUUCAGUCCUCCGUACCGGACUGGACCGGCUGUUGCCGUGCACCCACAUAGCCCACCUCACAGACCACAGAGAUGACACGGUGGAGCCAACCUCCCCGACGUUGGGAGUGGAAAGACCUCUGAGGUGUUUUGUUUCUAUUUUGAUAUUUUUCUAAAUAUUCAACUUUUUUAUAAAACAUUUAACGGUAACAAUUUAAAGCAAUAUGCCAAUUUAACAAACAAUCACCAGGCAGCUCUCCCACUGAGGACAGACAUGACCGGGGUUAUGUGGGGAAGGAUUCUUAAUCUAUUUAUGUUCAUGUAGGCUGUGUGUCAUGAAAUAAAUCUGAUUGUUACCAGA